GUGUCUCAAUUAAGCAACCAAGCCAUGAAACGCUGCCGUUACAGUUCCGACCAAGUUUUUGACUCUCAAGAAACUGAAGCAAAUGUCUCUUCCUCUUCGGAUUACUGUCUGAAAACUGAAAAGAAACCAUUCCCCACUCCCCUAGAUAGGGGGAAAAGAGGAGGAAGAAGCUAAGGUUUAUUUAUAUUUUAAGUGGGGGAUUAUCUUCUAACCUGGUGGGUUCGAAGAAAUAAGGUAAAUGGCUACUUCAAAGACGGUUUUACAAGUCUUAUCUGGUGGUUUACCUUGCCCGCAUCGUUUUGAUCUGUCUUUCGGCGGUUUGAAUUCCGUGCUUUCGAUCUGCUCUGAUGUAAAACGUAGGAAGAAUAUAGGUUUGGUAUACAAAAAGUUGAACAAUGGGAUGAGGUUGUUAGGGAAAUGCAGGAGUCGGGGUGUAGGUGCUGUGACGUCUCGUGGGAAGGUGAAAUUUAUUGACAGGUGGGAAUCUAUGAGGUGCAAAUGCCAAAAGGCUGAAAGUUUUGGAGGGGCAACUGCAAAUGAAUGGAGCCCAGUUUCGCUUCCUGUAAAUGGCGUUUACGGUGCCACGAAUAUUUUUGAAAAGGGAAGUUUUGCAUUGAAGGGUAAUGAAGAGACGCAAUCGAUUGAGGAAGAAGCAUGGGAUUUACUCCGUGCUUCGGUUGUUUGUUACUGUGGUAAUCCAAUUGGAACAAUUGCUGCAAAUGAUCCAAACAGUACUAGCAUUCUGAACUAUGAUCAGGUUUUUAUUCGUGACUUCAUUCCGUCUGGAAUAGCUUUCCUUUUGAAGGGAGAGUAUGAUAUUGUGAGGAAUUUCAUCCUGUACACCCUUCAACUACAGAGUUGGGAGAAAACCAUGGAUUGUUACAGCCCUGGUCAGGGACUUAUGCCUGCCAGUUUUAAGGUGCGCACUGUUCCCCUUGACAGUGAGGAUUCUGCUACUGAAGAGGUAUUAGAUGCUGACUUUGGUGAAGCAGCUAUUGGCCGAGUUGCUCCAGUUGAUUCUGGAUUGUGGUGGAUUAUACUGUUACGAGCUUAUGGAAAAUGCUCUGGGGAUCUUUCAGUGCAAGAGAGAGUCGAUGUGCAAACUGGGAUGAAAAUGAUCUUAAGGCUGUGUCUUGCUGAUGGUUUUGACAUGUUUCCAACUUUAUUGGUGACAGAUGGUUCUUGCAUGAUAGAUCGUCGCAUGGGAAUUCAUGGACAUCCCCUGGAGAUUGAGGCACUCUUUUAUUCAGCAUUACUUUGUGCACGUGAGAUGCUUGCUCCAGAGGAUGGAUCAGCUGACCUCAUUAGAGCUCUUAACAAUCGUCUAGUUGCCCUUUCAUUCCACAUCAGGGAAUAUUACUGGAUAGAUUUGAAAAAACUGAAUGAAAUAUACCGUUAUACCACAGAGGAAUACUCUUAUGAUGCAGUUAAUAAGUUUAAUAUCUAUCCAGAUCAGAUUCCUCCCUGGCUGGUUGAAUUCAUGCCCAACAAAGGAGGUUAUUUGAUUGGAAAUCUGCAACCAGCUCACAUGGAUUUCCGUUUCUUUACUCUUGGAAACUUAUGGUCUAUUGUAAGUAGUCUUGCAACAUUGGAUCAGUCCCAUGCCAUCCUGGAUCUUAUUGAAGCAAAAUGGGCAGAAUUAGUGGCGGAAAUGCCAAUCAAAAUAUGCUAUCCUGCUCUUGAAGGCCAGGAAUGGAGGAUCGUCACUGGCAGCGAUCCCAAGAACACAGCCUGGUCUUAUCACAAUGGAGGAUCUUGGCCAACUUUGCUUUGGCAGCUUACUGUAGCAUGCAUAAAGAUGAAUAGACCAGAGAUUGCUGAAAGAGCAGUUCAGCUUGUUGAGAGGCGCAUAUCCAGAGACAAGUGGCCAGAAUACUAUGACACUAAGCGAGCAAGAUUUAUUGGAAAACAGGCACACUUAUUUCAAACCUGGUCGAUUUCAGGUUACCUCGUGGCAAAACUCUUCCUUGCCAACCCUAGUGCAGCAAAGAUUUUCGUAAAUGAAGAGGAUCCAGAGCUUGUAAAUGCCUUGAUUAGUGCCAACCCAAGGAGGAAACGUGCUAGGAAAAUCUUCAAGCAGCCCUUCAUUGUAUGACAAGUAUUGUGAAGCUAAGAAGAGGGCUACUAGACAGACUUGUCCAAAUUUUGCAAAUAUAGAUACAGAAUUGGAGGCAUGGGACUGAUAGUAUUCUGCACCGAGAAAUGCAGAUGCUGGUUCUUUGUUACCAUUGUUUCUCCUGUAACAUAUGAGUUUGACAUGAACAAGUAGAAAUGCUAGAGUUGUGUCGAUCACUCGCCCUCUUUGGGAUAUUAAAACAGUAGCAAUACAAACGUUUUUUGGAGUGGUU